ACUUUGCUUUCCAUUUCAGAUCCUCCAUCAAGAUAUGAGAGGUGAGUAACCUCAGGGGAAUGCACUUCGAUGCUAACAGAGAGGGACUCAAGGACGUCAUAUCGCCCGCCCUCGCACGGUCAGAAUCAACCAGUCUACAAAAAACCGGGGCUCACUGUAGUAACGUGUCCUCGGCUCAGAUCACACACGCAGUGAACAUCUGAUGAUGUGUGAUAAAGUGAACACUCUUAGAGUAAGAUCAUCAGUUGCUUCUUGUUACUGGUUGAACUUCCAGAAGGAACACUCGAACUUUGAACAUCUUAUGAUGUGUAUCGAACAAUCUUAGAGUUGAUCUCUAGUUACUUCUUGUUACGCUUUUGAACUUCCCGAAGUAACACUGGCGUUGUGAACAUCUGACGAUGUGUAUGGAACCCUCUUAGAAUAGAUCGCCAGUUGCUGCUUGUAACGUUUUCAACUCCCUGGAGGAACUAUUCAUUUCUUGCUUUGGUUCGCAAUCUGUAAACACCAUGGCGACUACAUCAGUCAAUCCAACUUUGAUAACUUACAUUUAUGAGACAGUGGAAGUGAAUGAUACCUACUCCAACUUCACCAAAGCGGGCCCGACGUCUGAUGGCAAUGGAACCGACUAUCAUUCAGGUAUUAGCAUUUAUGAUGAUUACUUAAUACGACUGAUUCUCUACGUGAUUAUAUUCGUAGUCUCAACAAUAGGAAACACUGCGGUAUUGUGUAGUCUCAUCAAAGGACGCAGGAGGAAGUCUCGGGUGAAUCUUCUCAUCAUGCACUUGACUGUAGCAGAUCUUAUGAUAACGUUCUUCAAUAUCCCAACAUACUUCAUCUGGCUCAUUACAUACCAGUGGUACGGCGGGGAUAUCAUGUGUAGGUCAGUCAUGUACAUUGCCAUGGUAGGGACAUACGCGUCGCCAUUCAUUCUCAUCGUCAUAAGUCUAGACCGGUUUGCCUCUAUUGUAUUCCCACUUAGCGUCCGGCAGGCAGAUAUGAGGUGUAAGAUUAUGCUACGGGUUGCGUGGGCAGCGUGUAUCAUCGCAAGCAUUCCCCAGCUUCUUAUCCAUCAAGUCAUGUCACCGAAGAGUGACCCAGACUUCACUCAGUGUGUUGACUAUGGAUUCAGAAAGAACUUUCCUGUAUUCUGGAACUUAUACCAUUGGUUCGUCAUGGCUGCCACGUACUUUAUACCUUUGACGUUGAUUAUUGGCUGCUAUACUUCCAUUGUCAUCAAAAUAUUUGGCAAUAGCACCAUCCGCAGCUAUUCCGGUAACAAUGGCAACCGAAUGACGCUUCGUCGCUCCGGUGUCGACACUCUCCCUAAGGCUCGCGUGAGGGCGCUUAAGAUGACUGGUGCAAUCGUCACAGCCUUCAUAGUAUGCUGGACUCCAACGUGCAUUGAGGGCACUAUCACCCACGCAAACCCUGCUCUGGGAGAAGCAACCCCGAUAUGGUUGAAUCAUAUAAUGCUAGCAUUUGGCUUCUCUAAUGUUUGUAUCGACCCAAUAGUCUAUGGGAUGUUCACCGUGGACUUUAGGCGGCAUUUCCCAGGGUGUUUCGACUGCUGGGGCGGGCGGAAUAUCCUGCGGGGUCGACGCAGUGGAAGGUCCACCACGUCGUCUAACAACUAUCCACCCGUCACCUAUGCGUCUUCCACUCGAUGUGGUACCACUACAGGCGUGUCAGGGAACUAUCAUGUGAUGGAAUUGGAUAGUCGCCAUGGGACAGCUGAGAAAUGUGUAUAAAGCAGUGCUUUAUUUGUGUGAUGUCAAGAGCAGAGAUCAUGCCACAAAAGAAGAUCUAAUGGUUACGACCCUAGGGAGAAGUGGACUUAUGUCUUUAUACAUUACUAUCAUCUUAAUAAGAAACAAUCUCGACAAAUCUCCAACAAGACUCUAGCAUAAAACAAAAGCAUCCAGUCAAUGCAUUCAUUCUGAGUCAAACACUCCGUAUACACACAUGAUUAUUCUGUGGAUAAAUGAAGAUAAAGCAAGAAUAAUUUUCAGUAUUCUCCUGAAGACGAGCAGAAUGUACUGUUCGAAACGUCGAGACCAAAGUUUCAAACCAACAGUUUUUCCAAUACUCCCACUAAAGAUAUUUACACUAUGGUGCAUCUGCAUGUCCACCAGUAAUAAUUAGGAUUGAGACUCCUAGGAAAACACAAUAAACUGCGUCUACACGUCACGUCAAGAUAAUUAGUUAAUACACAAAUAAUUUAAAUAGUUGUUAAGCUUCUUUUCAACCAACUACGCUACUCCAGAUCCAAACAAACAAAGAAGAGUUUUUGUAGGUUUUUGAGGUGUUACAUUUUGGUGACACAAAUAUUGCGUUAUUAAAAACGUGCACUUGAAACUGCACUUCACUCCAUAUUCAUUCGGGGUUCAACUUGCCAAUUACUAUAACGAUGCUGUACAAUGAUCGAAAAAUUGAUAGAUAUUUGUUUCCAAAGUUACUUUAUUAUACUACUAUUCCAAAUAAUAUUGUAUUAUAUAUCGUACACUCAGAUCUUUGUCCAAUGAUAGGCUGGGGGCAAAUGUCACGUGUCAUACUUUAUUUGCCGUGUAUAUUGGUAUGAAUCUACACAUUCAAAUAAUUAUAGCAGUCCGAAAGAUUAUAUAGGACGCUUCGCAGCGCCGUUUUUAAAAUAAUCGCACCCGCUAAUUUGUCAAAACUAGGCAAGGUCAUGUGAUGGCGGGCAAUGUUUGUGUCUGCUAGGAAACGUCUACGUUUUUAAGAACAUGAAGUUUCCGUACCUUAUUUUGUAUUUAUGGUGGGAGAAAUACCAAAUGAAAAGGAAGUACUUUUGAGUUAUAAUAAAAUUCUAAAUGCGUCAGUAAAAUGUCAUAGAAUAUUAUUCACUCGAUUAAAUCUGGCUUUUACAUUUCACUCAGCCUCGUCUCGUAAAAUGGAACAGUCCAGAUUUUACCUCGUGGUUAUAUUCUAAGACAAUGUACCACUCAAAUACAGUAUUGGUGUAACUCCUCACAAAGACCAAUUAUUGCAAACUAUCGCGACCAAUAGUUUCAAAAUUUUGAGGAUUGUUGGUAAUUUAUUUUCAACAUGAACGACUCUCUCGUCCUUUAGAAAAAUGGUGAUGCACACACAAGUUCAAGUAUGUAUCAGCUAAAUGCAAUUACAAAUCAGUUUAUAUAAUAAAUACAAUCAGCUUCAGUAAUUACUUUACCCCUGCUAAGAUUGGCCUGUUUUUAUGACAAUACUGUAGCAAGGUGUUUUUAUUGGUCGGU